UGCGUUUAAAUUAACGUAUGAAGAUCCGCGUUGAUUGCCGGCAACACUUUGACACUCCCUGCAGUAGCAGAAGACACGAGAUAACCACGAGGCAGACGACAUAUCAAACUUGCACCAAAAUAGGAUAAUUAGAGCGUGAAAGUAUGGCUGUUUCCACGUCAGUUGCAACGAUAAGGGAGGCCUGGUUUCAAUUGAAUGGUGUCAUGUGUAUUUACAAACCUACCAAAAUUUCAUGGAAGCAGUUAAGAAACACGCUCGCAUUCAACAUCUGCCGAGAUAUUAAUCAACUCGAAGAGACUCCACCAAGAAAAUUUGUAAACAUUGAAUCUAUUACACCCGAUAAUCAACUUGAUGGAGAACUCGUUGCACCUACCAGUUAUGGGGUAACCACAACAACAAAUCUUACUGAUCACAAGCUUGUUAGAGGACCAGCAAUACAGUUAGAUGACAUCAGAUUAUUUCAUGCAAACAGAACAGGAUACAAUACUUCUGGGGUGCUUGUGGUGGGACUCAACAAAGGUAACCGGUAUAUUGACAAGUUGAAUCUCAGUAGACCUACUAGUGUCUACCAAGUAAAAGGUGAAUUUGGCAUAGCCACUGAUACCCAUUGGGAUGACGGCAAGGUUUGGGAAAAAGCUACUUAUGCACAUCUAUCCAAAGGCAGUAUAGAUAGGGUGAUGGCCUCAAUUCAAGCAUCUAAUCAGAAGAGUUUAUUCCAGUACUGUGGAGUAGAUCCUAACAGUCAAACAGCUUAUGAGCUCGCCAGUACAGGUUUACUUCGACCAGCUGUUAAAGGACCUACUGUUGUGUAUGGAAUUAGAUGUAUCCAUUUUGAACCUCCAAAUUUCACACUGGAAAUCCAUUGCAUAAACGAAAACGAAGAAUACUUUGCAAUUAUGAUCCAUGACUUGGGUCUAACACUGAAGACAACCGCCGUGUGCAAACAGAUACGUUGCAUCCGCUACGGAUGUUUUACUGUGGAAGACGCGUUACUCAGAAAACAUUGGUCACUUAAGUACCUUCCGGAUCAUAUGAGUUUGUGCCAUACGAAACUUAAAACUCUUCCACGUCCAACACCACAACUGUCCGUUUACGAGCAGCCAUCGUCAAGUCAAAUUGAAAAAUGUUGAAAAAUUACGUAAUCUAUGACCUUAUAUUAACGAGUACGCGUGGAAUAUAACAGCCCAAGAAAAAUACAACGUAAAAGUAGUGUUAUAAA